AUGUACGACCCACAGCAGCUCUCCCUAGCAGGGAAGGCCAGUGCGUUGUUUGCGCUUGGCCGGAUACCGCUCGCAAGCGAGGUGCCAUUAUGGACGAUGUUUGGGUGUAUUGUCUCGCACAAGACGUUCCCCACGUCCGAAAGCUUCGACUAUAUAGCUAUGCUUCAGUGUAUGCUGGUGACAUGGGGAACAAAUAUCUCGAUCAACUAUGGAAACGAGUACUUUGACUGGCAGAUGGACCGGCCUGGCCAGGUGGCUGCCAUCAAGCGGGAGGUGGAGAAGCGGAAAGCGCUCAGCGGAGGCGGCGGCUCAGGCGAGAAGGCAAGGGAAGGAGUCAGCGGGCAUGCCCUCUCGCACAGCCAGGAGGGGCUGACCGAUACCGACAAGCUCAGCACCAAGCGGGAGCUCAACGAGAAGAUCAUGGGCAACACCACUCGGAUCAUCCACGACGGUACUUUCCCCCCAUGGGUCUCGCUCGUGCUGAGCGGGUUUGUCCAGCUCCUCAUCAUCGCCAUGAUCCUCUACUCUCGGAAUCUCGACCCACUCCUCAAUCCUUCUUCCACCUCUACCCGGACCACCCCAUUCAAGGGCUUUGCCCUCUGGGUCGGUACCAUCUCUACUUUCCUGUCGCAGGAAUACGUCGGCCCUCCCCUCCGGCUCCACUACAACUCCCUCGGCGAGAUCGUCUCGGCCCUCUUCCUCUCGCCCGUAUCGGUCAUCUGGGGUCUCAGCGGCUACUACACGGCCACCCAUCCCUCUUCUCGGCUCAUCACUGCGGCGGACGUCCUCUUUGCUCCCACAAUAGGGCAAUUCGGACUCGACAAGACCCUCUGGAUCAUGCUCGGCGCCAUGUACUGCUUUGAGCAGGCCAGGGUGCUCAUCAUGCACAUCCACGAUAUCGACGCGGAUAUCUUGGGAGGCAAGAUUACGCUCGUCGUCAGACUAGGCUACCUGAAUGCAGCGAGGCUGUAUGUCGGGCUAAAUGUGGUGGGGGUGAUGCUAUGGGGAUCGCUGAUACGGAGACUGGUGCAAGGGAAGGGGGCGAUGCUGGGGGAUGUGGGGAUGUGGGGGAUGAAGGCGGCGUCGAGGGGGUCGUACGAGGCGGUCGGGAAGGGAUGGGCGAUCGGAGUAGGGAUCGUCCUGGCGUACUCGAUACCCAUCAUCGUCCUCACCAUCACAUCACUCUUCUCCAACAUCCCGAACCGACCAAAAUCUACCGCUCCGGCUCUCGGUGUCAUCCCGAUCGUCCCGCACAUGGAACUCGUCAAGCUCGUAUCGCUCCAGCUGCUGAUAUCGCCCCUGGUAUUAUCGACGGCGGUUGUACUUGCUGGAAAAGCGCAAUGA